AUGUAUCCGCUGCGUGCCUCCUACAUCAAUGGCUGGCUGAAAUAUUUUGGAGAUUAUGGCGCCAAGCUGUCGGUAAAUAUAUUUCCAAAUGAAUCAACUUAUUUUUUUGAUACUCUUUUAGUUGGUCCUAGUUAUAAACACGGCCGGGUAUUGUCUGUCCACGCAAUGUUGUUGUCUUGCUUAUCGGUUUGCGGCGCUGCAAACCUCACAAUGGUGGUUGGAUUUUUUGCUUUCGACCAAAACAUGGGUAUAUGCGUAUGCGAUUUCGUUAUUUUUCACCGUCGUUUCGAUCAUUAUUUUCGCGCCAAUCCAGCCUUAUCAGAAUGUAAGUUGGAUUCAAAAUUCAAAAAAAAAAAAAAAAAUAAAAAAUUGCAGGAAGUCCGCGAUUUGCUAAUCCGCGACCUCCAAACCACCCCGAAUGCGGAAUUUCCAAACUUCAAUGGUACCGUGAUUUUCUACACGGACUAUAAAAGCGACUACGCAAUUUUCGCCGCGAUUUUCAUUUUCGUCGGAUUUUUCGUCGCCGAAUUCACCUCAAUUGGAUUUGUUUUCGUGCUGCUAAAGAUGCUGGAAUCGAGAAAGGAAAGCUUCUCGGUGAUGACUUACAAAUUGCAUCGACAAUUGACGGUGGCGCUGGGGGUUCAAGUAAGUUGAAAAGAGUAGGAAAAAAUUAUUGCAAAAUGCGUUUUGAUCUUGAUGGAAGCGGUAAAAAAUCAGUAAAAUGCCUUAGGGGUCUCCUGUAUAUCAUUUUGGACGUUUUGAGUGCUUGCAACAGGAUGCCAAGAUUUUUUAUUUUGGCGGGAAAUUCAAAUUUUCGAGUAUUUCAAGGUCGCAAAGGUUUGAUAAACAGCCUAAGAAUUAUGAAAACGUGUUUUGAAGACUUUGCAUCCUUCGUAGUUACAAAAUACAGCACUUGAAACAGAAUGCCAAAAAAUUUUUAUUUUGGCGGGAAAUUCAAAUUUUCAAAAAUUUCCUGAUCGUAAGGCCUGGCAAACAGACCAAAAUAGUGUAAAAUACGACAUGGGGUGUCUUGAAAGUGAUAUUACUCAUAAAAUACAGGCCUUGAAACAGAAUGCCAAAAUUUUUUGAUUUUCGCGGUAAAUUCAAAUUUUUGAAAAACUGAUUUGCAAAAUCCUAAAAUAUACGAUUUGAAAGUCUGCCAAUUUUUUUUUCAAUAAGUUUUCGUAUCAAAGCAUGGUCAAAAUUUCAAACAUUUUCAAAAAAACGUAAAAAUCAAGAAAAACCCUCCCUCCAUUCAAAUCUUUUCAGCUGCUGACUCCAUUUCUCUUCAUAAUCCUCCCAGUCACCUACGGAAUCAUCCGAACCUAUUGGCAAGACAUAACAGCCGAGCAGGGCCGACUAAUAAUCGAUUUCAUUGAGCUUUACGGAGCUUCCAAUUCCCUGGUCACUCUCUAUUUCAUAAAGCCUUAUCGGACCUUUCUAAUCACCAAAUUCAAACCAAUUUUGAGGCUUCUGACCUGCGGCAACUAUGGUAAUGGGUCCCAGGAGGUGGUCAAAAUUCAACCAGCCGAAACAACCCUCGCCUCAGAAGUUAUAAAUGGAGAUUUUAAUGAACGAAAAAGAUCAAUAAUUCCAGUCAUCAAAUAA